CAACCAGCCGCAGGCCACCACACAAGCUGCGGGCACACUGGCUACAGUGAUGGAUGUCGUAGCUAGAGAGCACAUCCCACCUCUGGGAAGCACCACUGCUGAGCUGGUGUCCAUCAGGAAUGAGGCCAGUACCAAAGCCACAGCAGGCACUGCCAUCCCAGAGACCAAGGACACACCAGAGGGGCUCAGCGUGAGUCUGUCCCCCCAUGCAGCUCUCAGUGACCCUGAUGGUCCCUCUCCAAGGCCCUCUCCACGCUCCAUGGGCUCUCUGCUCCCUCAGACUCUCUCAACAGGCCUUGGGACCACCACAGCAGAGGCAGCUGCAGGCAGAUCUCCUUCAGCCACUCCCAGCAUGGCCAUGCAUUUGUUCCUCACGGGCACCAGUGGAGCAAAGCCAGACAGGGCCCCUCAAGCUGCUGCUGCUGCACCACUACCUUCCAUUGCUGCGUUUGGCAUCGGAACUGUGCCAGCUACCUAUCAAUCCUCCUUUGUUAGCAACACUUCAAUUAGUGAAGCAGGGAUGGGAUCAGCAUCACUGGCCAGUGGCAGAGCCACCACAAUGCUGGGGGACACCGAAGCCACCCUGCCUCUGCCUGAUACACACCCCAGCGACAGCCAGCCAGGUCCCACAGCAGGCUUAACAACCCCAGGAAUUGGUGUCACACCCAGAUCUGCACUAACCCCAGUGCUCUGGGCUGAGCCCCAAAUUGUGGAAGCUCCAGGGACAGAGAUGCCAACACCCAACACUGCACCAGGCACUGGCAGAGCUGUAUCAGAUACCUCUGGGGGACCCAGAGCAGUCACUGUCCCCGUGGCAUCACAAGCAGACGUCCCCCCUCUCCUGGAAGGCAGAGCCAAUGUAGGGAUGGCUCUGGAGGUGUCCCCAUCCAGCGUCCCCCAAGAGAUGGCAGCAGUCACAUCCCCACUGUCCCUGGCUGCCCCAGUGCAAGCAAUGGGGGCUUUGGGCGACCCCCAGCCCAAUGGCAGCGCCACAGAGCGAGCAAUGGGGAUGGGGUUUCUGGAGGUGAGCACAGAGGAGAACCCAGGUGCCAGCACAGUGGGGCCAGCUCCCAGCCACGCAAUUGUCACUGCCAGGCCAUCACCAGAGCCACCUGCCACUGAGGACAAGCCCACUGCUGGGAUCACCUCGCUGGCUGUUGGCCACACAAGUGUGUGGGAGGUUACAGAAGCAUCCUGGACAGGUGCCACAGGCACCACUGCCCAUGUGGACACCACCAGCUCUGAGAGCAGCACCAAGGGUGCAGCGCUCUCAGCCAGCACCAGCAGCACCCAUGUCCCUGAUUCCAACGCCAGUGGCACAAACCUGGCCACCAUGCCGGCCACCACACCAUCCACCAGCACAUUCCCCAGCAACGCUAACCUGCCAACCACCUCAAGAGGCUGGGAGACCUUUGUGACCAGGGUCACCACAGCCAUACCACCUGCCACAGCACGGGCCACCAGCACCAGCAGUGCCCCAUCCCUUGCUGUAACACACAGCGAGACAAGCAGAGGUGGGCAGCCUGUCCCAUCCCCAGCAGCGCGUACCCCCUUGGUGGAGACAACUCUUGGACCCUGGGUCCUUGGUCCCAGCAUUGCUGUUGCAGUGUCUGGUUCUCCCCUCCCCAGCCUGCACAGCCCAACAGAGGAGGCCACAACAGCCCCCUUGUCCCUGCUUGGUGUUGGUGCAACUGCGGUGGCAGCAGCUGGGCAGGCUCCCACCGAGUCAGAAGCAGGCACCACUUCUACAUCCAUCGGCUACCACGACAUGGGACAAGCAGCGAGCACGUCACCUCCUGCCUUCCAGACACCUCCAGGGACACCUGCCUGGAAGGAGAAAACAGCCAUCAGCACAGGCAGCACCACUGCCACCACUGCAGGGAACAUCACUGCUACCACUGCCACCACUGCCACCAGUGCAAGGAACAUCACUGCCACCACUGCCACCACUACAGGGAACACCAUGGCCAGCACCACAGGCAGCACCACUGCCAGCACUGUCACCACUGCAGGGAACACCACAUCUACCACUGCAGGGAACACCACUGCCACCACUGCAGACAGCACCACUGCCACCACUGCAGGAGGCACCAUGGCUAUUUCAUCCACAGCCCCAGUGAGCCCAGCCGAGGAGGUGGGAAGUCUCCCAGCCCCAGGCACCACGGCACCAGUGACACCACCAGCCACCACCCUGUUUCAUGCCUUUGGGACACAGAGAGGACCAUCCACCGAGCUGAGCACAUCUGCCCACACCACCACUGGGCACAGAACUCCUGCACCUGAGCCCCAGCCCACCCAUGAGCUUAUCAAGCCAGCAACUUCACUCUACCCCUUUGGUGUGGAAGGAGGGGACCAAGAGUACGUCCAGAGGAUGGUGGAUUUUAACUCACCCCUGUUCAAGCCAGAAAUUGGAUUUCCCAUUGGGAAGUCACUGCGAGAUGCUCUCUAUUUUACAGAUAACGGACAGAUCAUUUUUCCACCCACGGACAACUAUGUCCCGUCCAACCCCAACCCCCCUCCCCGGGGCUUCACUGGCUGGGAGAGCUUGCCAAUGGUGGCUGCCUUUUGGGAUGAUGCAGACUUUUCCAAGGGUGUUGGCACUACUUGGUACCAGGAGUACUCUACACUCAGCUCUACCCAAGACCCCGUUGUCCUAGAUGUGGAAGCAAAGAUUGAGAAAUACGUAAAAAUCCCCUAUGUAGCAAAAUGGACCCUGAAGGUGACGUGGGAGAAAGCUCUAGCAUACCCAUCCCGGAGGGAUGACACUCAGACGAGCACCUACCAGGCAGUGCUCACCACCGAUGGGAAUCGCUCCUUCGCCCUGCUGCUCUACCAGGACGGUGGGAUGCGCUGGGACUACACCAGGCUGGCUGCAGCCAACGUGCUGAUCGGCUUCUCCAGCGGCAAUGGCUAUGCCCAAAACAACGAGCUGACUCAGAAGCCACCAGCUGUCAAGUACCGACCAGACCAGCACAGCAGCACCGGCUCCGAUGUGCGUGGGCUGUGGAUUUACAGACUGGACAGUCGCUCCCGGGUGAAUUACAGGCUGCAGUGCCUGGCGUGGCUGGACACAGAGCCAGCACCGGCCACCUGGAACAGCCAGCUGCCACCAUGCCCCUGCUCCCGGCCCCAGGCAGAGCUGGAUCCCCGCUACCACUGGAGCAAAGGCCCAGCAGACACCUCCGUGAGGAUGCUGCGCACUGCGUCCCCCAGCCCAGCUGGAGCUGGGGUACGAUGUCUGUACCAAGGUGGGAGCUUGCUCGAAGGCUGGCAGGAGAGAGCAUGGAGCCUCCCCUUCCACGCUGCCACUGACAGGGAGCUGGAAGCGUUCGACUGGUGCUGCCGGCGUGUGGAGAAGCCCCUGUUCUGUGCCAAGUUUGCUGAGAAGAGACCAAGGGUUGGCUGUGAAGGAUAUGUGCCACCCACCCCCGCUGGUGCCUUUGGUGACCCUCACAUCACCACCCUGGAUGGACUCACCUACACCUUCAAUGGGCUCGGGGACUUUGUCCUGCUGCUGGCCAGUGAUGCCCAGACCAGCUUCGUUUUGCAUGGGCGCACAGUACAGACUGGCAUGGCCCAGGCUACCAACUUUGUGGCCUUUGCUGCCCAAUACAUCUCCACCACCACCACAACAGUUGAGUGGACUUUGGGGAGCCAGGAUGACAUCAAAGUCCUCCUGAACAACAAAAACAUCCAGUUUUCCUAUUCCCAAGACCUGGGUGACGAGGUCUACUACAGCCCUGGUGUCCUGCUAGUCAAUGCCUCCUCUGUCACGGCCGUCUUCAAUGGGACCAUCGCUGUCUCUGUCUCGGCCACCUCUGGGAUCCUCAGCGUGGUCUGCAGCCUGCCCGUCUGGUACUGCAACAGCACCAGGGGCCUCCUGGGUGUGUGGGACCAUGACCCUGCAGAUGACUUCCAGAUGCCAAAUGGUACCAGCAUCCCUGUGAACAGCAGUGAGGAGGAGAUCUACAGCUAUGGGAUGACCUGGGCUGUCAGGGAGCACAGCCUGUUCACUCAGCCUCUGGACUCACCAGCACUGAACUUCACACCCUUCUUCUUGUCUCGGCUGCGGCAGGAGAAUGAAAGUCAGUACGAGCUGGCAGCCUUGCAGUGUCACGGCAGCAAGGAGUGCAUCUAUGAUUCACUGAGCACAGGGAACUUGGCCCUGGGCCUGGCCACCCAGAGCCUUGCAGCUGACUUCCAGCAGAGGAAGACAGCACUCAAUGCCUUCCCUCCUGUCAUCACUGGUGACGCAUCAAUCACAGCCUUCAGGACAGAGAAGGUCAGAAGGCAGUACCAUGCCUUGGGGGCGGGUGCACGAUUCAUUCCCCAUCUCUCACCAGAGCUCAACAUAUCUGAGAACGGCACCCUCAUAUGGGAGCCCCAUGGGAUAGCCCCAUUCACCAUCAACCUCGAGGCUGUUGGCUCCAACAACAUCUCUGCACUCCUCCAGCUCCGCUUCACCCUCUGCGGGUGCAGCAGGAGCCAGGACUGUGACUACAGCAACACUGUCACUCUCAGGGAAUCUUCCCUGCAGCUGGCAGCCUGCAGAUGCGAGAGCGGCUACUCAGGUGCCUUCUGCCAGGACCCUCCGGACCCCUGCUCCCAGGGAUGCUUCCCUGGGGUGGGAUGUGACCCUUUCAGUGGCUGUGGCCCCUGCCCGGCUGGCCUGACAGGGGAUGGAGAGCACUGCUCAGAUAUCGAUGAGUGCACGCAGGGGACCGAGUGCCCGGGGAACAGCACCUGCACCAACACUGUAGGCAGCUACAUCUGCUCCUGCCUGGCCAGUGAGCAGGGUGAGAGGCCAGGCUGUGGCUCAGCCUGCGGCUACCACUCCUGCCCUGAGGGCUACUGCAGCAACGGGGGACGCUGCCACCUUCACCCCAUCACUUGUGCCCCCACCUGCACCUGCCCCCCGGCUUUCACCGACCAGCGCUGCCUGGUGGCAGGGGGGGAUUUUCAGCCACUGCCCAGCUCAGGUCUCCCUCGGAGAAGCAUCCAGAUGAGAAUCAAGGCACUGCAAAACACCACUGCUGAGGAAGUCAACAGCACUGUCUCAGCCAUCCUGGGCUCCCUUGAGGUAAAGGCUUUCCAGAGCAACACCAACAUCACCCAGAUGACAGACAGCGAUGGCUUCACCUUCGUGGUGGUUUCCGAGUUUGCCUAUGACAGCCGCGGGACCGUCAUCCGCUUCCUGAACGAGGAGCUGCCCGCAGCCAUCACCGGCGCCUUCAACGGGCGGCGGGGGCGGCGGGAGGCGGGCACGGGGCUGCUCUUCCACCGCCUGCACCGGGACAACAUCACUGACCUGGUGAAGCUGACAGUGGAUGAGCUGAGGGACUAUUUCCCCUGCACUCUGUACGGCUACAAAGGCUACCAGCUCCACUACAUGGGCACCAUCGGCUUCGUCUGCAUCUCCCCCUGCAAGAUGGGCUACUGCCAGCACGGUGGCCAAUGCCAGCAUCUGCCCGAGGGGCCCACGUGCAGCUGCCUGCCCUUCUCCAUCUACUCUCCAGCUGGCCUCCAGUGUCAGUGGCUGGCCAUCAGCCUGGCUGCCUUCCUCGGCAUCCUGCUGGGAGCCCUGGCUCUGCUCUGCCUCCUGUUUGCCAUCGCCUGCCUGGCCCUGCACCUCUGCCGCCAGCACCGCCGCCGGCACCAGGGGGCCAAGGAGACCUUGUGGAGGACACGGCCCUUCUCCUCUUUAACGAUGGCAGGAGAACAAGCAGAGCCCACCAUCUCCCACUCCCUGGAAAGGCAUUGGAAACUGCAGCUUCAGGCCAUUGACCCCUCAGCCCAGAUAAGAAUCCAGAGACCCCAUGUUAUGCCUCCAAGCCAGUCCCCCCAGCAGCCCUAACCUGCCACCAGUCCUUUUCUGGCACCUCCAGACUCACAGAGGAGCCAGACACUGCUGCCUGCUCCAAUGCUUGCUCUCGAGGUCUCCAGCAGCAGCAACACAUGGAAGCAGGGGACAGGCAGCUGCCAUCUGGGUUCUGCGAGGAUUCUGGAGGAGGUGAUUUUUUGAAUGUGUGUUUAUGUUGGGUGACCAAAGCAGGAGGAUUUCACCUUCCCCUGAGGACCUGCAGAGACUCCUGGGAUCAUCCUUGAAUGUGUCUGCACUGGGGGUGUAUGUGCUAGUGCAAUAUAACCAGACCCUGCAGAUCCCCUGAGAGCAGGGUCAGGUGGGGCAAUGCAGUGAUUGUAAUCCCUUAGGAACCAAAUAGAAUAAACCAAAAAUGUUGGCUUGCUGUUAAA